UUCAACCAACCGGAAAGUAGAAUCAUGAACAUCGGAAACGGCAUCGUUGCCGCUGCCGGCGGCGACACUGUAAAGCUCUUCGACGCCUCCGGCGAGUCCGGUGAUCCUUGCAUAUUGAGUUAUACGCCUUCGCCGAGUUUCCAAGUGAACUCGGUGAAGUGGAAUCACACUAAUUUGGUUGUUGCUAGUGCUGGAGACGAUAAGAAGAUAACACUAUGGCGAAAGAAUGGUCAGAGUAUGGGGACCAUUCCAUUGGCUGGCAACGAUGUCGGAGACAACAUUGAGGAAUCUGUAAUGACCAUUAACUAUACCAAUAAGGCAUCUAGAUAUAUGUGUUCUGGAGGAAGCAGUCAGGUGGUGAGGAUUUGGGAUUUGCAGAGGAAACGCUGUAUCAAGUGGUUGAGAGGUCACACUGGAACAAUUACUGGAGCAAUGUAUAAUUGCAAAGAUGAGCACUUGGCUUCUAUUAGCCUCAGUGGGGAUCUUAUACUUCACAAUCUUGCUUCUGGUUCACGUGUAGCUGAGCUAAAGGAUCCACACAAUCAGGAACUAAGAGUGCUUGAUUAUUCUCGGAAUAGCAGGCAUCUACUUGUGACAGCUGGUGAUGAUGGCUCUGUUCAUUUGUGGGAUACAACUGGUAGGAGUCCUAAGGUAUCUUGGUUGAAGCAGCAUUCAGCUCCAACUGGUGGUGUUAGCUUCUCUCCAUCAAAUGAUAAGAUAAUAGCUACUGUAGGUCUGGACAAGAAGUUAUACACACUUGAUUCAGGAAGUAAAAGGCCAUCUUCUUGCAUCCCUUAUGAAGCACCUUUUUCUUCAUUGGCUUUUAGAGAUGAUGGUUUGAUACUAGCAGCUGGUACAAGCAAUGGGCGGGUGGUAUUCUAUGAUAUCCGUGGUAAACCGCAGCCAUUUACUGUUCUUCAUGCUUAUGGAAAUUCUGAGGAUGUGACAAGUCUAUGCUGGCAAAGAGCAAAGCCUGUUAUGGUUGAUGAAAACAGCUGUUCAGAUGAGACUAUUCUUCUUGGAGGUGCUACUGAAGACUCGGUUCUUAUGCCUGAUCCAAUGCCUUCUGCGACAUCUUCAAGCUUUUCAACAUCUGCAGCUGCUUUACGAAACUGUGGUAGUUCAGGUCCAUCUGUAGAUUCAUCUAUGUUCAAUUCAUUUGAUUCAUCUACAGUAGAAGAAACACCAAAUAAGAGCAGCUUGUGGACCAGUGGAAAUUUGGCCAGAUUACAUGCUCCCAAUGGUUAUAAUUUCAAAGAUGACAUGGGAGUAUUUUCCCCAGUUGUGGAGGUCCAGCCUAUCAAACCUUCCCUUGCAAAGCUCUGGGAUGAGCAGGAAGGAGAAAAGAAAGAUAGUCUACAAAUUGAUAACAAGUUUUCUUCACUUUUCCCUUCCUCAAGUAAGAGAUUUUCUCUUUCAGAAGGAGGAAGUACUGAUCCUCAUCCAAUUUUUGACUGGAAAUCUACCACAUCUUCAAAACAGGAUGGUGAUUCAUUUUCUUCCUCGAAAUUGUCAUCUACUAUUAGUGCCGAAUCUUCGAAGAAAAAUGAUUCUUCAAUUACACCUCCAGAAGCCUGGGGUGGUUUAAGAUUGUCAGAAAGAUAUCACCUUCGACAAUCAGUCAAUUUACCAUCUAGAUUUGCAACAUUGUCUAGUGGCCCGAUGACUGGAUCUACACACUUGGGAUCACAUGAUCCUAGUUUGUCAACAAGCUAUCUCUCAAGCUCAAGCCUCGGCUUGACAAACUUGCGAGUUAAAGACAUUUCAUCAAAUCGCGAUACUUCAUUUGAUCAAUCGGAAGAUGCCUCCUCUAGUUCUAGAGACAUGACCAAAAAUGUACCCAGCUUGUCUAACCUUGAUUCUUUGGGUACACCAUUAACCCUUCCUCGUAGAUUUUCCUCCUAUGCUGAGCGAAUAAGUGCAACACCGCAAUUCUGUGAUGCAUCAGCAUCAGUUUCCACGGCUUCACCGAAAACUAAGAAAUCUGGUACUGAGACAAGGGAUGAACUUUUAAACGCAUGGUCGUCUAGAACAGACACAUCAUCUGCUACUGGAUCAGCCACACUUUCACCAAUGAAUGGACGAGUUUCUCAGCCCCAGCAGAAGCCAUCUUCUCAACUCACCACAGAUCAAGGGAGCUCUUUCACGCUUCAGCUGUUCCAACGCACUCUUGAAGAAACUCUUGCUUCGUUUCAGAAAUCAAUCCACGAGGAUAUGAGGAAUAUUCAUAUUGAGAUAUUGAGACAGUUCCAUAUGCAAGAGAUGGAAAUGUCUGGGACGAUGAGUUCAAUACUCGAAAACCAAGUCGAGCUUAUGAAAGAAGUGCAGACUCUUCGAAAUGAAAAUCAGAAGCUUCGGCAGUUAUUAUGAUUCCUUCGCAAGGUACAUAGAUCUGAUUGCUUAUUUACUUUAUAAAUGCUUAUUUUGGAGUGAAAAUGUGUUGAAAGAAAAGAUAUAUUACCACAUUAUUACCACAGAAGGAAGCUUAGUAAACAUUUUGAGUUAAUUU